AUAAUCAACUACGUUUAAUAGCACCAUGUAACACAAAAGCAGGCCACUUAAAACAGUUACCAUAUUCUGUUUGAGAUUAAAUACUUCCAAUUAGUGAUGGCAACUCGAGUUCCGCUUAACUCGUGUAACUCGAGUUGGAUCUUCCUAACUCGAGUUUGGGCUGAUGAACAUGAACGGAUCAAGUGAGCCAGCAAAAGAGUAAGAGCGUGAUUCGUUCAUUGUAUGUGCGCUUUGUGUUUCAAAGAGUAUUUAGCUACAACCAAAACAAUUUGUUAGGUAUUUAGAAUUUUAUAAUAGCUAAGUUACAUAUGGUAUUUAAUUUCUUUUAUAAUUUUGAUUAAUAAUGAUCAAUUUAGUUAUGUAAGUCACAUAACUACUAAAUGUAACAUUUAACUAACAAUAAACAUUUUGAAUUACAUGGAAGAGUCAUUCUGCAGCACUGUGAUUGCAGCACGAAUGGGUCUGCUCGACCAGGGUAAGACCAUGCUCUCACAUUACCAACGUAAAAUAGCGGCUUAAUGCUACUGUGUUUCGUAUUAUAAGAGUAGAGAACCGGAGACCCUAAUACAGGAAACAAGCAAACAAGGCAUUCCAUCUCAGUCCUCAUGUGUGAUAACGCAUUUUGCAUGCGUUUGCAUUUUGAUUUUUAAAUUGAGGAUAAAUGUAGAUGUCAAUGACCACAGCAUCCACUUACCAUCAGGUGGACUGUGUGCUCGUUUUUCGCUCUUAAUCUUUAUUAAAAAAAGGAAAUUGAAUAAAUUUGAAUUUAUUUAAGAAUAUUUUGUCUGUGAUAUUUAAACUAUUAAUAGCUUAUGUACCUACAUCUUAAAGCUAGGCUAAUAUUGUUUCAUGAAGACUGCUAUAUAGCUAGUUUUGUUGUUAAAUGCGGGUACUUAUUAUAACUAAGACUUAAACAAAAUUUGUAAUCAAAUCAUUUACUCUGUUUCGUACUGCUAACUCGAGUUGCGUAACUUGAGUUUAAACUCGAGUUGCGUGAAUUUCAACUCGAGUUAACUCGAGUCGUAAUUUUUCCGAGUUGGUACAUCUAUAUCCUAUUUAGCUUGCUGUUGACAAUACAUAUUUAUUUAUCUAUGAUUUUAUCCGUUAGGACAGUAUUCAAAACAAUAACGACGCUUUUAACGCGAUUUGCUAGUUCUAAAACAUAAAAAGUUGUAAAUAAUAUGUAUAAAAACAAAAUCAAAGCUUAAGUUUUUAAUUAUAAUGGUGUAACCUUAAAUUCUGUAAGAAUUUUAUUAUCCGUAAAAUAUGACUGACAGUGAAGACGACUUACUAUCAUAUAAUGCUUCUAGUGUGCAAAAUGUGGGGACGGUAUGUUUUGAAAUAUCUAAUAAUUGAAUUUAUGAUCAAAACAGUUUUAUAAAAACUGUCCGUUUAUUAUUAUUAAAAUUAAAUCUUUAAUAUAAUAAAACUUUAUUUUUCAGACGAUUCAUGCCAAAGGCCCAAAUAAUAAUACAAACAUUAGUAGUUUUCAUUUUAGAAAUAAUUUUCAUACAUCGACAAUGCACCCCCCAUCGAUUAUGCUCCCUCGAAAUUUUGAGCGUCAAAAGUAUGGAGAUUUUGAUCAACGUAGCCUUUAUUAUAGAAGGGAAACUUCACCAAUGUCCUUGCGAAGUGUGCCAGACUUAGGACCGCGCAAUUUUCAAAUUCCUUAUAAUUAUCGUGGUGCGAGCUAUCAACGAUCUAUUUAUAAUGGCAGAAGCGGUUCACCAACCUCUGUAAGGAGCAUAGACACAAAUGCUAGUGUUAGUGCUACUGAUAUUGCACUCGCAUUUAAAAACGGAAACUUCAAUAAACAUGAUUUACGUUUGAUAAAGGAUGCCUAUAAUAAAUUUUUAAAAAUGAGAUUACGGAAAAGAAUUGAGAAAAGACGUAACCAUACACUGUUUUUGAAAAGUACACGACGUAAAACUGAUGAUGAUUCAGGAGAACAAGGAAGUGAUUCAUCUAUAAGUAGUGAUGACUGCAGAUCAAUAAGAACUGCUAUUUAUAAAGAGAACAUUCCCCAUUAUAAAACACUUAAUACACGUCGGACAAAUAUUAGAACAAUUAUAAAUGAAAGUAAUAUAUAUAGGGACUGUACAGAUAAUAUAAGACAAAAUCAUUUUAAGAAUUUGUUUUCUGUUGGCACACCUGCUUCGCAUAAUGCAAAUCAACAAAAAACCCAAAAUAUGUCUCCUGAAAAAAGUUCUUUUAUAAAAGAUAGAUUUCAAAAAAAAAUCCUCCUACCUUCUCAAAGAUUUAACAAGCAUGCUAAUGGCAUUACAUUCCCAGAAGCUUCAAAUUCAGAAAACACAGAUAAAUAUAAAGAAAGCUGUAACAACAAACGAGUAAUAAUGCAAAAAAAGGGACUAAUCAACAAUAAAAAUCAAGAAAUAGAAAGUGAACAAGAAGAAAUUUUUUCAGAAAUAACUGCUAGUGAACAUAUUAAUUCUUGUUAUAAAAGAAAUUUGGAUGUAGAUGAUUCACAAGGCAGUGCUUAUAAGAAAUGUAAAGUGUCGAAAUCUCAUGUACCAAAAGGAUGUGUUAAAAAUGUGCAUAAUGAUGCAGAAAUUGAUUUUGUAUUUGCAAAGCCAAAGAUGCCUGU